AUGUCGUGCAAACCACCAAAGGCACGCGUCCGCGUCGUAGAAGGUUCCUGCUGGCCUUGCAAAAAGCGCCGCAUCAAAUGUGACCUCUCCAAACCCACCUGCUCGCGAUGCGCCAAAGUCGGCGCCGCAUGCGACUACAACCAGCGCCUCAUCCGCUGGAGCACUCGCCCCGCCGUGACCGUCCCCGCGAUAUACCGCGUCACCACACACGAUGAGCAGUUGGCCGCUUCGCUCGCCGUGUACGAGAAGCGCUCGCUCGAUUACUUCCACGGGCGCUUCUGGCCUUUGCUGUCGACAGCUUCGAAGCCUUGUGCGCCGCCGACCAUGAUGGCGUUGCAGCAUCGCGUUGUGCUCCUAGCGACGUGUGUUCUCGCCGAUUCGCAUCGAUGGCUGCAGGAUGGGAGGAAUAGUCGCAGUAUAUUAAACGUCAAGCGUGCCGAGUGCUUGGCUGCGCUGCGGGCCGAGGUGGAUGGGUGUUGUUCUAAAGAAGACGGCCCCUUGCAGACGCUUCUUUUUGCAGUGCUGCUACUUUACUUCCACGACGGGUUCCUCGAAUGCGCGCAAUCGUCAGCAUCGACAUCGAGCCACAGAGACGGAGUUCUGGCUAUCAUAAAUCAACUUGGCGGAAUGACGACAGUAUUGGGCACAGGCCAGGACCCGCUCCACAUGAUGCUGUCGGAAUUUGCAACCACCGACCUCACACACGCCAUGCUCACAGGGCGUCCUCCGUCUUUUCCGCCGGCUAUUUGGGAGGUUGUCGACCGCGGGCCAGUUUGGUGGGGACGGGAUACCCAAGGAUACUGCUCUUUGUCGACCGUGUUCCAAGAAAUAUCGAGUAUGGCCUUUUAUCUCGACACGACCUCACGUAUGGUUGAGGAAUUCUCCAUCGAGCGUAUUCGCAUCUACGAAGCUGCUCUUCGACCAACUUAUGCAUCACUGGCUGUGGAGGAUCUAUCAUCGCCACGAUCUUCACCAAUGGACCACCCACCAAUCGAAUGCGACGCCGAGUCUGCUCAAGCUUUCAGCAUGGUCCGAAUAUUUCAACACGCAGCACUGAUCUACCUAUACCGAGCAAUUUGUGGCCUACCCGCAAACCACCCACUUGUGCAACAACACACCCAGUCUUGCCUAGACUGCAUAUUCAGUAUUCAGAAACCGUCCAAGAUUCUCAACUGCGCGGUACUACCUAUCUGCAUAGCAGGUGCCCACUCGCAAUGCCCCAAACAACAAAAGCAUGUUCGCGGUAUGGCUGGGUUUAUUUAUGAUGAGAUACGAUUUGCAUCGGUUAACUCGGUCAUUGCUGUUUUGGAGGAUAUUUGGAAGCGGGCACCGGAAGAGGACAUGACGUGGAACGAAAUGUUUGUGAACCUGAACUCUCAGGCAAUCAUUCUAUAA